AUGGUUUGCCCUAAUGUUUAUGAAGAUUUCAGAAGUCAAAAUAAAGCAAUGGCGAUAUUACUUCUUCUCGAAGGUCAAAAUGUAUUGAGCAUUGGGAAAUCCGCAAUUCAUGAAUUAAUGCGUUACAUUGGACUUCGUCUUGACCCUUUCCGAAAUUGUAAAUCAUUCAAAGCCAAAAUAUCCCAAAAUAUAUCAUUUUCGACUUCGGUUGAACUUCUCAAAAAUAACAUGAGAUCUGGUUCUUAA